UGACCCUGAGAGGUUGCCGUCUUUCAAUGCGCAGAUGAGACGUCGCGCGUGCGCAGGCGCUCAGCGAAGAGGCCUGCCGGAAGUCAAGAUGGCGCGUGUGUGUUGUCCAGGCCGCAGUUAGCGCUUUAUCAGUAUCUAAACCGUGUGUUUUGUAAGGGGCUGUGGCGAACGCCCUCUCCGUCGCCAUGGCCCGGCAUCGGAAUGUCCGAGGCUAUAACUACGAUGAAGAUUUUGAAGAUGAUGAUCUCUAUGGCCAGUCUGUAGAGGAUGAUUAUUGUAUUUCGCCAUCAACAGCUGCUCAGUUUAUUUACUCGCGGCGCGACAAACCUUCACUUGUUGAGCCUCUAGAAGAAUACGAUUACGAAGAUCUGAGAGAGUCCUCCAAUUCUCUUUUGAACCAUCAGCUGAGUGGAAUUGAUCAAGCUCGUCUUCAUUCAUGCCUUGAUCACAUGAGAGAGGUACUUGGAGAUGCUGUGCCAGAUGACACUUUGAUUGAAGCAGUUCUGAAGAACAAGUUUGAUGUGCAGAAGGCUUUGGCAGUGAUUCUGGAACAAGAUAAAAUGCAGAAUUGGAAGGUCAAGAGUGAGGGAGCAAUAUCUACAGGGAAGAUAGCAAAAGGAAAAUCAGUAGACUUCCAGUCAUCUCGAAGUGAAUCUGAAAUUGUGCCAAAAGUUGCUAAAAUGACUGUGUCUGGAAAGAAGCAAACUAUGGGAUUCGAAGUGCCUGGAGUAACUGAAGAAAAUGGUCACAGUUUCCACACACCUCAAAAAGGACAUCUUAGUGAAGGAACCGGCAUUGCUGCUUCUGAUGUUCUUGACACUGUUUCUAAAUCAGUUCUUCCAUCCCACACCAUUCAAACAUCAGAAGAGCAGAGUUCAGCACCAACGCCGGUGAAAAAGUCUGGCAAGCUGAGGCAGCAAAUAGAUGUCAAAGCGGAACUGGAGAAGCGGCAGGGCGGGAAGCAGCUCCUCAACUUGGUGGUCAUUGGUCAUGUUGAUGCUGGGAAAAGUACUCUGAUGGGCCAUAUGCUUUAUCUUCUGGGUAAUGUAAACAAAAGAACUAUGCAUAAGUAUGAACAAGAGUCUAAAAAGGCUGGCAAAGCUUCGUUUGCAUAUGCAUGGGUCUUGGAUGAGACUGGCGAAGAAAGGGAAAGGGGAGUAACAAUGGACGUUGGUAUGACAAAGUUUGAGACCACAACCAAAGUUAUUACAUUAAUGGAUGCUCCGGGCCAUAAGGAUUUCAUUCCAAAUAUGAUUACAGGAGCAGCCCAGGCGGAUGUAGCCAUUUUAGUUGUAGACGCCAGCAGGGGAGAGUUUGAAGCUGGAUUUGAGACUGGGGGACAAACACGGGAACAUGGCCUCUUGGUUCGUUCUCUUGGAGUCACACAGCUUGCGGUUGCGGUCAAUAAGAUGGAUCAGGUUAAUUGGCAACAAGAAAGGUUUCAAGAGAUUACUGGAAAGCUUGGGCACUUUCUUAAGCAAGCAGGUUUUAAGGAAAGUGAUGUAGCUUUUAUCCCUACAAGUGGUCUCAGUGGUGAAAAUCUAAUCACAAGAUCUCAAUCAAGUGAACUCACAAAAUGGUAUAAAGGACUAUGUUUAUUAGAACAAAUUGAUUCCUUCAAGCCUCCUCAGAGAUCUAUUGAUAAGCCUUUUAGAUUAUGUGUGUCUGAUGUUUUCAAAGAUCAAGGAUCUGGAUUUUGUGUAACUGGUAAAAUUGAAGCUGGUUAUAUCCAGACCGGUGACCGACUACUAGCAAUGCCUCCUAAUGAAACUUGUACUGCAAAAGGAAUCACUCUGCACGAUGAACCCGUCGACUGGGCAGCAGCAGGUGAUCAUGUUAGUCUUACGUUGGUUGGGAUGGAUAUCAUCAAGAUCAAUGUUGGCUGCAUAUUUUGUGGCCCCAAAGAACCCAUUAAAGCUUGCACUCGUUUCAGAGCACGAAUCCUCAUCUUUAAUAUUGAAAUUCCUAUCACUAAAGGAUUUCCUGUGCUGUUACACUACCAGACUGUCAGUGAACCUGCCGUUAUUAAACGACUGAUUAGUGUCUUAAACAAAAGCACAGGUGAAGUCACAAAGAAGAAGCCAAAGCUGUUGACUAAAGGCCAGAGUGCCUUGGUGGAGCUGCAGACACAGCGCCCAGUGGCUCUGGAGCUGUACAGAGACUUUAAAGAGCUGGGGAGGUUCAUGCUGCGCUACAGCGGCUCCACGAUCGCGGGGGGCGUGGUCACGGAGAUAAAAGAAUGAUGAGCCAGAAUUUCUACCAUGUUUCCAAACGCAAUGAAAUAGCUAACCUCUUGUUUUUAAAGAAUCCAGUUGUUCAGUUAAAGGAACAAUGUGCAAUUGGUUAUUUUUUUAAAUGAGAGAGAAACUUAAAAUGAUAUAAUCAGCUGCAAAGAAGUAUUAAUCAUCAGCCCUGCAAAAAUUCAAGUUGCCAAAUGGCAAAGAAAGGCUAAUAUUACACUUUCACUUAAAAAACCGGCUUUCCCUUUGAAAUGUUAGUGAAUGGAUUGACUUUGCUGAGGUUUAUGGAAACUAUCAGAAAUAUGUAUUAGAAGACAUUCAGUCAUCAUGAAAUAAACUCUACUUCCAGCCAAACCACAAAAUGUUUACAGUGUUCAACUCUACUGCACACGUUUUAAGGAAAAGUAACUAAAUUGGGUUGUUGAGGCAGUUAAUAUUCAACCUGAGCAAUUUUUUUUUUUUAGUUAACUAAGAAAAGAUUUCCUGAAGGUAAUAGGAAAGGUAUUUCGUGUUGAGCAUAAGAAUAUUCUUCCUCCAGCAAAUGAACUUUUGAAAGCUUAAUUUGGAAUUAGUGGAAACUGUCCCUUUGGUAACCAAGAUAUUAUUUAAGGUGUAAAGCCAGCUAAUAAAAUGCCUUAGUUUGAGCAUAAUA